AUGUCAGACGUUCCGCUGCCGCCUUCCUCUCCCCCGUCUAUUACCCCAGCGCCGCACGACGACGACGACGAGCAGCAGCAGCAGCAGCAGCAGCAGGAUUACGACUCUAGCAGCUUGCUGCCGCCUCUCCCUUCUCACGAUGGCGACGAUGAUGACCUGAACGAGGACAGUGUCCAGCGCUAUGCGGACGAUUACGACCGUGACGACUCGAAUCUGCCUCCCGAUGACCACGACACCAGCCUGAACCGCACGCUGAAUGAGGAACGCGAGAUGCACAGGAAAUUGAUGGAUAUAGAGUCUAGCUUUCUCCCGGAGCCCUCGACGCUGCAUGUCGGGGGAAACGCUGCGGCUGGGAGAGACGAUAUGUACCUGGCUGGAGCGGAUGCACCCAGUACACCACAGAAGACGGGAGAUAUUGAAGGCGAGGACUCGUUGAUAUCUCCAGAGCUACCAAGGGAUAUGUUCAAGACACCUGCGCCAGCCCGGACGAUGGAUCCGGAGUCUUCAAUGGUUGAGCCGGGGAACCAGACGCUGGAAGGGGACAGUUUGGUUGGAAUCAAUACUUCUUCCUUGGAGACAAUAUCUACUCCCCCAACCACUGCCGCUGCGGCCAGAACAGUCUCACGAGUUAUAUCGGCCGCGAGCAGCCGGUCUGGAAGGUUCGGAGACUCUGUUGGUGAAGAACAGCAAGCACAUGGCCACGGGCACAGCUUUGAGGACGAGGGAUCACACACGGAGAGAGAAGUUGAUAUCGAGGCUACUCCUCGCAAACCUCGCACGCAGAUUGUUGGCCAGUCUACGCCUCUCUCUCGGUCUUUACAGAGCGUCAACACGGAUGACAACGAUCUCAGUCAGACGGUUGGUUUCCGGGGAGCUGCAGAUUCGAUCGAGCUACAAAGGACGAGACCCAAGUUUCUAACUAACCGCCAGUCCUCGUACCGCUUGUCCACGUCUUCGGUUGCUACGGCUAAUACAGACGGUGCCCUCAGCGAUGCUACAAUGGGAAUGGACUACGCCUUACAAUCUGGCGGUGCAGUUCCGUCAAAUGGUGGAAGAGCGUCACACAGCCAUGAACAAAAAAGGGACCUGUCAAGGUCCAUCAGUCUAGGGAGCAUGGCAUCUGGCAUUUCAAAUCUGAGCGAUGACCAUCCUUAUGAAAGAAGGAUUUUUAGUGGAGUGUCUGAACUGAGUCUUCAUACCCUGAAUGAAGAGGAAUCUGCCUCCCAACGGCCAGUAUCUCCGGGAACUACCGUCAAACAUGGUGGUGAAACUGCUCCCAUGACGCCAAAGGCGAAAACUACGGAUCCAUCCUCCCCUCCUGCAACUGUCUUGACGCAGAUACACAACCGGCAACCUCCCAGUACUGUGAAAAAAUAUCAAGAAACUGCAGCGCCGUCUCCUGAUAAACGGUCUGUAAGCCGGACACCAGGCUUUGGUCGAGGAAAGAAUAUGACGUUGAAAGAACAGAGUAGCACUAUUGAUCGACUCUCAAAGGAGAAUUUUGAUCUCAAGAUGCGUAUCCAUUUCCUUAACCAGGCGUUGAAUAAACGGUCAGAAGAUGGCAUCAAAGAGAUGAUUUCUGAGAAUGUUGAGCUGAAAUCCGAUAAAAUCAAAGCUCAAAAGGACAACCAGGCUUUGAGAAGGACAAUUCGCGAGCUUGAAAGACAACUCAAGGAAAAAGCUGAUCUUGCCGAUGAGAACAAAGAUGAACAGAUAUCUGAGGCUGGGAAGAGAACUAUCGACGACGAGGAAUUCCUAUAUCUGCGUGAACGACUCGAAACAUAUGAAGUUGAGAUUGAAAGACUCAGGGCUGAGAACAUCACCCGAGAGAGCGAGAAGAGAAAGCUGGCUGAGAUGGUGAAGGCGCUCGGCGAUGGCAGAAGCGGUAUAUCAGACUCUGGGGCUCGCGAGGAACGGGACAUGUGGAAAGAUAUACUGGAAGCCGAAACUGCAGCUCGUGAACAAAGCGAAGAAGAGAAUAAGCGUCUUCGCAACCAGAUUCUUCAACUGGAGAAUGACAUAUCUUCCCAUCAGUGCCGAGAGACUCGUUACCGCAAAGGACACCAAACCUUCUCUCAAGUCGGUUCUGACUACGAAAGUUCUCGUAGCUAUGCAACCUCUAACCCAACUAGGGAGGACUUUGAACUGCUGAGGCAGGAAAACAAUGCACUUCGUCGAGAAGUGACUGCUCAGACCUCGAUGCUAACGUCUAGAAAUCGCGAGAAGGAAAAACUCUAUCAGGAAAUUGAGGAUUUGAAGCUUGAUCGACGCAAUGAAGGUCGCUCCAUCGCUGGCGAUAGCAUCUUCGACCGUUCUGCUUCAAGAGCACAAUCAAGAGCCAUGUCACAGGCGAGUGACAACGAUCGUGACACACUGGAAAAUAGGAACGGCGAACUGCGGGACCAAGUGUCAGCUUUGAAAUUGGACAAUCAGGGCCUCCGUAGUCAAUUGGACGAAUACGCAAACGAGCUAAGCUCCGUGGAACGUGAAUAUCAGACAGAACUAGACCGCGUAAGCCAGGAGUUACGAGACCUUCAAGCCCAGCGUGACCAGGCCCUUCAGGCCAUUGAAGAGCGUGAGGCAGAAUUGCAAGAACUCAAGGCAGCUGCACAAGAGGAGCUCGAUAUCUUGGGAGAAGAGCUUGACCUUAAGCAUGAAGACUGCCAGCGCUUGGAGGUCGAGGUCCGAAACCAGCAGGAGAACUUGGACGCUCUUCAGGCAGAGGUCAGAUCCGCUAAUGAGGGUAUUUCCCGGCUUGAAGAAGAUGCACAGAGUAAUCUACUCAAGUACAAGGCCGUACAGCAAGAGCUGGAUUACGUUAACCAAGAGAUUGACUCUAUGGAAAGGAACCUGGUCGAAGCCAAUAACAAGGUCCAACGAUUGACCGUUCAACAGGAAUCCAGUCAGAACGAAAUUGCCUUUUUGCGAGAGGAGCAAGACGGUGAUAAGAUCAAAAUUGGCGACUUGGAGUCUGAACUCAGAUUCAUCCAAACCAGCCUACAGAGCGAGAAGGAGAAAACAAGCGAGCUUGACAGACAACUUGCUGACGAGCGAUACCAACAUGAGAUGGUAAGCAGCAAAGAAAAGCAAGAAGUGCAACGCAUCAUAGAUGAUCUCAAUCGUGAGUCCACGGCAUCGAAGGAAGAAAUCCGUAAACUGAAGAAGAACCUAUCUUCUCGUGAAGUUGAGGCCACAAUGUGGAAAGAUCGCUUGAUGGAGCUUGAGAACAGCCUACGUGAAGCCCUUGGUGACCUUAAUGGCACCCGUUCAAGUCUUCUCACAUCAAUUACAAAACUGCAGAAAGAACUUGAGUCUACUUCUCUCGAGCUGGAAAGUGUCCGCGCCAGUCUAGACGAAAAAGAGGCCCUCCUUCGAAAUCGUGAUGCACUCCUUGAGAGCCAUGGGCUUGAGACCCAAAAACUGGCUGACCUCCUAGAGCGUGAAAGACAGGCCCGUCGUGCCGAUAAGCAUUCAUUUGAACAAUCACUCAAGUCUCAUCACCAGGCUUCUCGAACUAUCGUUCAGAACAAUUCUCGAAUCACGGACUUGGAGGGUGCACGGAAUCAAGACCGGAAACGAUUUAAUCACCUUGAACAACAGUACAAGGACCAGUUGAAUGAGCGGAAUGUAAUGUUUCUUACCUUGUGGAAACGAUUAUCCGCAAUGUGUGGGCCUGACUGGUCACAUUCGAACAGCCUUAUCAAUGGCAACCUCCCUAGUCAGGAGGUCAUUGGAAACAUGCUGUUCUGGCCUGGGUUCAGCAAGAAUUUGCUCCUAGCUGUGAAGACGGUGGAAAACUCGAUAAAUGGAUUCAAGUCCCGUGUUAGAACCGUGGAGCGGAACCUGAUGAAAGAAUACCAGACCCUGGAAAACAACAUGAAUGCUCGAAUUAAGAAACUAGAUCGUUUGGAAGAAAUUGUUCGGCAGAUGCAGAGCAACCCUAGACGAUCCAACAACACUCCUCCGAAUACAAACGCCGAAUUAGCAAAACUCAAGGGAGAGAAUAGGCUACUCAAAGCCGAGCUCAAUCUUCUACAGUCUCACUCCCGAGCUAAGGUUGCCAACGAUAGUUCUGCGCGAGGGCAGCCAUCAAGAAUGGCAAGCUCAAGAUCAGUCGGGUCAUCCCUUGCGAGAUUCAGUACAGGGUCAGAACAAGGGACCCCAACCAACACACGAUCUGGAAGAAGCAACAGUUCAGUCUCUCGCGGCUCUUCAAAUGUUGCUCAGCCAUCUCCCUUUUCCUCAAGCACCACACUCGCAAAUAACCAAGGCAGCUCAGAAGUUUCCGCUCACCACCACGGUUCCGGCCCUAGUCACGGAGGAUAUCAUCUAUCUCCCAAGAGCGAGGCCAAUCAGGAUAGGUGGAUACAACGUCUACGAGAUCUAGAACGACGGCUGAAGGCGGAGCGAGAAGCACGACUGUUGGACCGCUCUGGGGCCCGGGAGAGGCUAGCAGAACGUAAUGCAGAGAAUGAGAAACUCCGUGCGGCUCUAGAGAGGGAACGAAUGAAUCGAGUUGCCAGUUCUUUUGGGACUGAUGCUGGAGGUGACGAGCCGGAUCGAAACCCGCGCACACCGGAGAGAGCCCGACGCCAUGACAACAACAGUCGAGAUAGGGGCAAUCGAAACAAGGGGAGAGCCGAUAGCAGGUCAAGUGGAACAGACGUUGUAGUAAUUGACCAUGGAUAUGAGCCUGAUUCUCGUGGGCACAGCGAAGGUCGAAGCACCCGCUCAGGCAGUUAUGACGGCGAAGGCGAUGACGAUGACGAUGGUACGGGUACGGACGAUGACGGUGGUUUAUGCGUUGAAGUCGUGGUGUAA